CUCCAUACUCUCUGGUGUCUCCUGGAGAAAGGGGCUCUCUCUGGUUGUUUCCAGCUAUGUAACGUUUUUCGUCAGAACAUGGAGAUAGACCAAUGUCUGCUGGAGUCUCUCCCCAUUGGCCAGCGCCAGCGGCUGGUCAGACGAAUGCGCUGUGACCAAAUAAAAGCGUACUACGAAAGGGAAAAAAACCUUCAGCGCCAGCAAAGUGGGAUCAAAAUUCGAGCCCCAUCCACCCACGGCAGGAAACGCCGAGUCCGUUUCAGGCUCGCUGAAGUUUUGCAAGAUGCCAUCAUUCGCCAUGAUGACAAAGAAGUGCUGCGUCACCUAAAGGAAGGAGCAGACCCCAACACGCCUAUUUCCUCAGGGGGAUCCUUGUUGCACCUGUGUGCUCGCCAUGAUAAUGUGUUUGCAGCAGAGCUUCUGAUGGAGCGAGGCCUGAAUGUAAACCUGCAAGACGAAGACCUGUGGACGGCUCUGCAUGUAGCGUGUGCAUGUGACCAUGCAGACAUGGUUUUGCUGCUGCUGCUGGCUGGAGUAAAUGUUCUUCUGCAGGACAUCAAUGGAAACAUUCCUCUUGACUAUGCGUUUGAGGGAACAGAGACCAGCUAUAUUCUUCGAAAACACCUGGAGGAAAACGGUGUGGAUGUUGCCUCCAUGCACACCAUGAAGACACAAAGAGCCACCACCAUGCUCUCUGACGUUAAACUGUUUGUAGCAUCAGGGGGAAGUCUUAACCAGACCAAUGGUGAUGGAGUUACUUUGCUCCACAUUGCUUGUGCCAGUGGUUACAGAGAGGUGGUGUCUGUGCUACUGGAGAACGGAGCGAACCCUCAUCCUGCUGACAUCAACUUUUGGACCCCACUUCAUCUGGCUGCUAAAUAUGGACAGACAAGCAUUGUUAGCAAGCUUCUAAGGCAUGGGGCGAACCCAACCUCGCUGAACUGCAACCAAGAUAAGCCGUCUGAUAUUGCAGUGACUGAGCCUAUAGCAGAAAUGCUUCUGAAUGCAGAGGACAGCUGGCUGCAGAGGCUGAAGGACCCCUCCACUCCUCUUCCUUCUACCGACCAACGCUAUGAUGGUGGUUCUCAUGAUGUCAGCACGCCUCUCAAGAACCUGAACCCUCUGGGUCUUUCCAUCUCUAAGCGGGACAGUCUGUUGGAGAAAUGUGCCAUGUUCAGAGAGACAGGUGGAACACUCUGUCGCCAGCCGUCUCAGGAUAAUGGCCUAGAUAGCCCCUUGAGCUCUGGACCCAGUAAACUAGAGCAGGUGAAACUGAUGCCUCCAGCUCCCAAUGAUGACCUUGCAUCCCUCAGCGAGCUGACUGACAGCAGCCUGCUCUACGAGAUGCAGAAACGCUUUGGCAACGACCAGAUCUAUACUUACAUUGGACACAUCCUCUUGCUGGUCAACCCAAACAAAGAGCUGCCCAUCUAUUCCCCUUUGGUGAGUCAGUUGUACCUGAGCUCCACUGGUCGUCUGUGCUCUUCUCUGCCACCUCACAUCUUCUCUUCUGCUGAGAGGGCGUACCACAUGAUGCAGCAGGAGAGACGCCCUCAGUGUUUUAUCUUGAGUGGUGAGAGUGGUUCUGGGAAAACUGAGGCAAGUAAGCAUAUCAUGAGACACUUGACAGCCCGCUCCAGCUCCAAAGGCUUUGGGCUCGAGUCCCGAAUGAAACACGUAAACUGUAUUCUUGAAGCCUUUGGUCAUGCAAAAACUCCAAGAAACAGCAAUUCAAGCCGCUUUACUAAGCUGUUCACCAUCCAGUACUGUGAAAAGAGGAGGACGAUGCUCAGAGCUCGAGUUUACACAUACAUGCUGGAGAAGUCUCGACUGGUCCACCUGCCUCCUCAGCAGAACAACUUCAGAAUCUUCUACCUAAUGGCUGAGGGCCUUUCCUCCGAGGACAAGAGUGCACUUUACCUCAACAAUGUCCUGGCUCACAGGUAUCUAAAAGGAGGACAUCCAGGAGAGAAUCCUCCAGUAGCCACAGCAUCUGUCCAGAGCAGGGAACAUCUGGCUGCUGUCAAGCAAGCCCUGCGAUCCCUGGGAUUCAACAAACAGGAGGUGGACUCUGUGUUUACGCUGCUGUCUGCUCUGCUUCAAAUUGGGGAUCUACGUUUCACUGCUCUGACUGAGGCCAAUGCAGCCUUCCCCUCCGACCUGCAGCUGCUGGACAGAGUUGCUGGAUUGUUGCAGGUGUCCUCAAAUGACUUAAGCACUGCCCUCACCUCAGAUGUUCAAUAUAUCAAAGGCGACGUGAUCACUCGGCGUCACACUGUAGAGAUGUCAGAACAGUACAGAGACCAGCUUGCUAAAUCCAUUUAUGGGCGCCUCUUCAGCUAUCUGGUCAAUAGUAUAAACGACUACCUUCAAGGACAAGAUGACAGCAUAGGUGAUCCUGCUAUGGAAAUUGGAAUCUUGGACUUAUCUGGGUUUGAAGAAUUUCAAAAGAAUGAAUUUGAGCAGCUGUGCGUGAACAUGGUCAACGAGCGGCUCCGGCAGUACAUCUCUGAGGUGCUCUUCCAGCACGAGCAGGCCGAGUGUCGGCAGGAGGGCAUCGCCAUGGAAACCACCCACUCCCACAACCACCAAAGUGCUGCUCUGGACUACUUUCUUCAGAAGCCUCAGGGACUGCUGUGUGUGUUGGACGAGGAGAGCCAGAGCCUGCGGCCUGCAGAGCAGAGCUUUUACAAGAGGCUGUCCUCCCAGCUGGACUCUAGUCCCAUUCAGGAGCUCUCUUUCACCACCAAGGACGGCAAUGGCAACCCUCCACCCAAAGACCAAGGCCCAGCUUUCAUCGUCAGUCACUAUGCAGGACAGAUUUCAUAUGACCUCACAAGAACCCUUACAAAAAACAAGGACUCCCUCCCUCAGAAUCUGCAGCUUACAAUGAAGUCCAGUGAAAGCGUGUUACUGCAGCAGCUCUUCCAGUCCAAGCUGACUCAGACUGGUUCUCUGGUGCCAGCAGCCCAGGGCCGCAUAGGGCUGAGAGGGACUAAAGCUGCCUUGUUGUUCCAAAAGAUGCCAUCAGCAUCCUCUGUCAAUGCUACUUCUGUCCCCCAACAGCCCCGGAGGUACCAUGAUCUCACUAAGAUCUUGAAGAAAAAAGGCUCAAGUUCUUUCCUCCAGCGACUGGAGCGUUGUGGGCCCAUCACAGUGGGUGUCCAGCUAAAAAACUCACUGUCAGAGAUGAUAAGUAAACUGCAGAACUGCACCCCUCACUUUGUGGAGUGCGUGCGCCCCAACCCCAGCGGUCAGCCUGACACAUUUGACAGCUUCCAUGUGUCCACCCAGCUAAAGUACAUCGGAGUGCUCGAUAUGGUGCGUGUGAUCCGUUAUGGAUACCCCGUCCGCCUGUCCUUCUCAGGCUUCCUCAGCAGAUAUAAAGAACUUGUGAUCUCAACUUUUGGAGACAAGAAGAAACGGUCCACAGAGGAGAAGUGUCGCUUAGUUCUGCAGCAGUCAAAACUCCAAGGAUGGCAGAUGGGCAGUAGUAAAGUGUUUCUGAGAUACUGGCAGGCCGACCAGCUCACUGACCGCUGCUACCAGCUUCACAAAAAGAUUAUCACCUGUCAGAAAGUGGUUCGUGGUUUGUUGGCCCGACAACAGGUCAGUCGCAAGCUGUCGUUCCAUCACAAAGAGGCGGACAGCGUGCAACGAUUCCUGCAGGGAGCAGAAGACGUGGGGCUUCGAACCUACGACCAGCUGGUCAUCCAAAACGCAUCUGACAUCGCAAGAGAGAGCGAUCGUCUGCGAGGCCACAGCCUGCUCAGCACCCUCAGCAGCAGCCCACCUCUUGGUGAGAGGCCUGAGCCUGUGGGCAAGGAGGAGGAGCAGCCGGUCAGGAGAAUAGUGGAGAAAAAUGGAAAAGCCCUUGAGUUCCCGGCAAACGGGGGAAGUCGAAUUAUUCGCCAUUAUCGCUCUAGUUCAGUGCCCCUUCCCCUCGCUGUGGAGAAUGUGGUUCAUUUUUCUGCUAGUCCCCUCAUCAAACCAGCCUCGCAGCAGGCCGCCCAGACCAGCGAGGAUGGAGCCGGCAGUGGAAGCCUUUCCUCUCCUCGGAAGCAGCCACCUCCCAAACCAAAGAGGGACCCCAACACCCGCCUGAGUGCAUCUUAUGAAGUAGUUAGUGCUGGGUUGACAAUGGCUGUCAAAGAGAGCUUCACUCCAGAGGGGAACAGUUCACCUGCUGGAAGUCCCCCGAAAUCCCAGCUCUCCCCAAAUGACCCAGCAGCCUCAUCCAAACCUCGUCCCCACAGUGAUGAUUACACAACCACAAGAAAGGUACCGCCACCCAAACCUAAGCGCAGCCCCAACACUAAGCUGACAGGCUCGUAUGAGGAGAUUAACGCAGUAGCAUCCCAUCUCCACCAGCUGCGGCCCGCUGAUGUGAAGCUAGCCUUGCUUUCCCGGGGUGGGGGGUUUGGAGGCUUGAUGCAAAGAGCAGCCUCAAUAGAUGCUCCACAAGGUGUAGCACUAAGCUUGUUCUCGGGACAUGAUGAAGAGGAUGUUUACAUAGAAAUGUUAGGGUCUCAGCCACGGACUCGGAGCCUCCAGGAGCCCCCUGAUAGCCCAGAGCAAGUAGACACAGAAGCUGUCUAUGAAGAAAUGAAAUAUCUCCCUCCUGAAGAAAGUGGAACACCUCCUACUGCAGUAACCAAGGCAGCCAAACUUCAGGCUUUAACCCUGGGUCUGGUGGGAUUUGGGAUGUCUCCACCGAAAAGCGGGGAAGCCAAACAAACAUCAGUUGGGGUGAGUGCUGUCAUGGACGUUGCUCUUACACAAAGCAGUGGCACUUCCAAAACUCAACAUUGCAAAGAUGGCAGCUGUGACAUCCCUGCUCCCUUCCCCAACCUGCUCCCUCACCGCCCACCUCUCCUGGUGUUUCCCCCCUCUCCUGUCACCUGCUCUCCUGCUUCAGAUGAAUCACCCCUGACCCCCCUGGAGGUAAAGAAGCUGCCAGUGUUUGAGACAAACCUGAACUAUGCCACAGGCCCAGACAGCCCUCUGUCCCCACAGUUUGCUCGCCAAAGGGCCGACUCUUCCCCUAGUCUCACUGUCCUUGUACCAGAAAAGAAGUCCACACCCCCACUAACCCCUCCACCACCACCUCCUCCCCCAAGUGCUCUACCUCCUCCCUACAGACCCCCAUCACACUUCCCCUUCCCACCUGAGGCCAGCUUCCUGACUCUGACUCGAGCAGCAUCUGUCACUGGGAGCUCAGAUUCACCUAAAAUCUCCUCUCAAAGGGCAGGUGGGGAACCACUGGGGAAGCCACCUCCCUACUCGCCUGUGAAGAUGUCUCGUCCUGAGCCACGAAGAGCCCACUCAUGCUCAUCAUCUCCCCUGCUUUUUAAUCCAGCCAAUGGCAGACCCCUGACUAGCCCUCUGGAAGAACUCAACACUCUGUUCAGUUCUGGACGCAGCCUGCUGAGGAAGUCAACGCCUGGCCGCAAGACGAGAGAAGGGUUCAAUUCUAAUAUAAAUCUGCCAGGGAAAGAAGACUGUGGUUCUGCACCCACGUCACCUUCUCUGCAAGACAAGAACGCCAACAACCACUCUCUCCACUCCCCAAGCCCGGUCUCUGUAGAGAACGGCAACCAGAUCUCCAACGGGUCACUGGAAGAUGAGACUCACAUCAAGACAAAUUCCAGCACCACCUCCCAGAACAGACACAUGGACAGUCAUCAUACUCAGGUGUUCCAGCGACUACGUCUGUCCAGCAGAGAUGAGAGUGCCGCACUCAGGGAGCUCCUGCGGUGGCGGCAAGCACAGCGUGAGGGGCGGAGCGACUGUAAACACCGUCCGCCUCAGUCCCCUCCCCUGCCCCCCACACUGGUCUGGACCAAAAGGAAAGCCUCUCCGUGACAGAAGGCACAUCUGCAGGCUGUGAAGUUCCUCUUUACAACUAUUUUAGUUUUUUACACCUUAUUUUUGUUAUUUGUGUCAGACCCUCAAAGCCCACGGACUGCGCUGAAGCUCC